GGCGCAGGACACAAGCAGGAGCGGCCAGCACGGCCUCCGACCGGUCGCGGCGCUGCAGCAGGCGGUCGCCGCUUGAUUUCAUUUCAUCCUCCCUGCGCUCGGCGUUGCGUCAUUUCGUCACCAGGUCCCGUUGGCGGCGGAGCCAAUGAAUGAAGGGGCGGGUGAGGGGGAAAUGUUCAACAGGCGGCCAUCGGUGAAGUCCUCGUCCUCGGAGAAUGACGACCAGCUCCUGAGCACUCCAGGCAGGAAAUGCGGCCGGGUCCCGUUGCAGGAUGUGUCGCUGCAGUGCGGCACUCAGCGGGACGUGCAGAGUUCCAGCAGCAGGGCCCGCUGCAUGGGGGUGCCGGCGAGCAGCCUGACUCCGCUGCUGCACAGGCUGCACCUGGAGGAUGCUCACCGGCCUGUCUCGACUCUGGUUUACAACGAUCUCUGUAAGAACAUCUUUGUGGAGGAAGAGGAUGCCUGUGCUCCCUGGGUGCAGGGCCUGACUCCAUUAGCGACCCAGACACCCCCCAGAACAGGGGGCUUCAGGGAGGUGAGCUCGCUGGUCACAGAGACGGCUGAACCUGCGGGGGGUGAGGUCCCCCGGCCUCCGCAGAUAAACCGUGACGGUUUGCCUCAGAGAGCAGAUAAUCACGCUGUACAGGUGGCAGAGGUGAUCACUGCAGAGGCACAAGAGGAUCCCGAACCGUCGAUCACCGCAGCUGAAACCGUGGAGCUGGAGCCCGGGCUGCUGACUCAUGUCGAUACUGCAGCAGGGCAGAAUGCAGGCUCUCCCCGAUCCCUAGCGGUUGGUGUGAACUCGCUGGAGUCUUGCCCUGUGGCUGAGAGUUCCUGUGGCGGCUGCCCUGGUCAGGGGGCAGGCCAGGGUACCGAGGGGGAGUCGCAGGAGGUGCUCCCCCGGAACCCAGGGGCCCCUGAUUGGCCGGCCCAGCCCUGUGCCUCUGCAUCGGUGACGGUGGGGGGAGGGGGAGAGGAAGGGGAGCAGUUCCACACCGCUGGAGAGAGCGAGGAGUCACCCGUCGGGGAAGAGGGGGUGAGGUUAGGAAAGAGGAAGCGGCUUUCCACAGCCAGAGACGGGGAGGGGGGUCUAUCGGACGGGGAGGAGUGUCCGGCGGCCGGAGACGGGGCGAAGUCUGACGAGGGGGAACAGUGGGUACUGUUGCCAGCGGAGGGAGAGCAGCUGUCAAUAGCAAGAGUGUGGGACCAGCCAGGAGUGACGGACGGGGUGCCGGGGGUCCUGGCUGUGGACGAGGGGGAGCAGCCCCAGGAGGAGGAUCCAGUGGGGGUACUGGGGGGCCCUGAAGAAAUCCUUGCUGUCGAUGCCCUCCCUCCCAUUGAUGUCUGUGACCUGGGGCAGCCCCGGGCAGAGAUCCAGGGGCAGCCGGCAUCAGAAGGGCUCCCUGCCCUGGGCGGGGCAGCGGGGCAGGUGGAGGGGGCAGCAGAGCAGGUGGAGGGGGCAGCAGAGCAGGUGGAGGGGGCAGCAGGGCAGGUGGAGGGCACAGGGCAGGUGGAGGGGGCAGCAGGGCAGGUGGAGGGGGCAGCAGGGCAGGUGGAGGGGGCAGCAGGGCAGGUGGAGGGCACAGGGCAGGUGGAGGGGGCAGCAGGGCAGGUGGAGGGCACAGGGCAGGUGGUGGGGGCAGCGGGGCAGGUGGUGGGGGCAGCGGGGCAGGUGGUGGGGGCAGCAGGGCAGGUGGAGGGGGCAGCAGGGCAGGUGGAGGUGGGCACAAGCCUGUUGGCAGCACCAGUGCCGUGUGCGCUGACCUGCCUCAUCCACUCGGCCAGCGUGCAGACUCCCGCAGACACCUGGAAGCUGCUGGCUGAACAAAUUGGCACGAGGCGUGUCACUUGCCGCGAUGUCGGCACAGCGGUCACUCCUGUGGGAUCGCACUGUGCCAUGACCUGCAUGACCCCUGUCAGCCUGGCCGAGAAGGACGUCAACACAUCGGUGUUGGAGGGCGCGCGGUGCGAAGUGAUGGACAGCGCGGUGCUCACGGACUCCCUGCUCUGGAACUUUUCCCGUGAGGACCUGGAGUCCGUUCCCCGGGGCCAGUUGGAGCGCCGCUUGGAGACAGCCUUGCUCAUCAACGAGGUCCUGUCCAGCCGGCUGAGCGAGCUGUCCAACAGCAAGGGGCUGAGGGCCUGUGUGGGGCCAGCGGACCAGAGGGAGACCUACACCCAGACCACCAGUACCCAGGCCCCCGAGGUGGAGGAGCAUUACCGCCAGCUGUACCUGCAGCAGCUGAGCAGGGUGCGAGAGCUGGAGCUCGGGCAGAAGCAGUACCGACACUUGCACACCACCAUCGCAGCCUGCCAGGAGCAGCAGCAUUCCCUGCAGGAGGAAGUGGACGACGGCCUGUCCGCUGCUGACGGAGCCUGUGAGGAGAUGCAGAGAGAGCGAGCCCGGAUGUUUCAGCAGCUGCAGGAAGCUAGGGAGUUUGCCCGAGAGAGCACCAGGACACUCCAGGCCAUGGACCGGGCAAGAACCAGAGCCCUGGAGGAGGCCGCAGCCCUGAGGAGCCGAGCUGCGGACGUCGAGUGGAAGCAGGUGAACAUGCAGCAGGAGAUGGAGAAUACUGCGGAUGGGCUGCGCGAGGCGCUGGGCAAGGUGAAGCAGCUGACCGGCGAGAACCAGCAGCUCAAGUCUGGCCUGGCAGCACUGACCGAGCAGCUGGUGGGAGCAGAGGCGGAGCGGCACAAGCUGAUGAAGGAAAACGGCCGGUACUUUGUGGAGCUGGCAACAGCAGAGGCCUCGCUGAAACUCUCGGAGGCUGCUUUGGCCGAGAAGGUGGAGAGGUUGCAGGCCUCUGAAGAACGGAUCAAGUUGAUCGAUUCGCUGCAGGAAAACGUGCAGAGUCUGAAGGAGGCUGUGAACGAGCUGAGGAAGGAGAAGGAAGGUUUGGAGGGUGCUUUGUCCGAGGCUCAGGGCCGUGCCCUCAGCCUUACCCAAGCACUGCAGCUGAAGGACAAGGAGCUGCAGGAACUCUCCGACAUCCGGGCUCAGGCUGCACUGAUCUCCGAUAACUGCGAGUUCAUGGAACAGGAGCUGAAGGUUUCCCGCGAGCAGCUGGCAGAGACGGAGGGACAGCUCAGUGAGCAGAUCCGCUCUCUGCACCAUCGCAACCUGCAGUGUGAGGAGCUGCGGGCUCAGUGCGACCACUUCCGGUCGGAGCUGGACACCGUGAAGAAGGAUGCAAGGGAGAUGUUGAUGGAGAUGGGGGAGCAGAUGAACCAGGCCAUCGUGCAGAUUAUGGAUAUGGAAAGUCAAAUACAAAAUGUCACCAGGUCAGCCGAGACUUCCCUGAAGAUUUGGCAACAGGAUCUGCCCAAGACCAUUGGUGAAGCCAAACCAGAACAACAGGCCCCAGCUGUCCAAUCGGGUGAGGCAGCGGAGGUGACCCAGCCCAGCGGAGGUUCAGAGCAUCAGGAAGCAGCUCCAUGUGACAUCAGGAGUGAGCAGAGUGCCUUCGCCCCUAUCAAACCCACAUGCACGGACACAGCAGGUGGUGAGGACACCUUGUUACUGCGGGUGAGCCAGCUGCGAGAGGCACUGGGGAAACUGGUCGCCAUCCGCUCCCUGACCGACAGCACCCUGCUCCGGCAGGUGCAGGCACUGCGCCAGGAGAUCUCGGACAGCCGGGAGCAGCAGGAGGCCAGGAGCAGCAAGAAGCUGCUGGAGCUGCACAGUCUGCAGGGCCGAGUGGUGGAGCUGGAGGCAGAGAAUCGGCAGCUGGCCCGGGACAUACAGGCGCACGUCAAGGGUAAAUGUGAGCUGGAGGAAACUCUGAGCCAUCAGAAUGAGACCAUCCUCAAAUUUCAUCAAAUCUUGGAUGCGAAUCUCGAGGAACAUACUCAGUAUCUGGCGAUGAAACAGGAGGUCAUGGAUCUGAGGCGGCAGCUGCAGCAGAUUGAGACGGAGGCCAGCACCCUGCGUGAGGAGAUGGCCAGGCUCCACGCCCCCGGUGACACUCUGGGCAAGGACUGGCUUCAGGAGAAGGUGGAACUGCAGUAUCAGGUCCGAAAGUUGCAAGGGGCUUACCUGCAGAAGGACCGUGAGAUCGAGCAGCUGAGGGAGAGGAUGAUCAGACAUAGAUCCAUCCUGGAGGAAAACAACGAGAAGGCAGAAGCUGAGGUGGCCAAACUGGACAGUCUGAUUGAGCACGUCAGAAGUACUCUCCGGUCGGUGCCUGAAGUGGUGGCCUGCUCAGUGGAGUUGAAGGGUCUCCUGGAGUAUCUGGGAGAUGAUCUGGGAACCUAGUGCGUCUCUGGGCCACUGUGGCCCCCUGUCUUUCUCUCUCCCUGGGGGUGUCGCUACGAAGGAGGAAUGAAUGUUUGGGGGGGGGGGGGGGGCCUCCCAGUGAGGCCAGCAUUCACUGCACCUUAAGGUCAAAAGCUGAGCAUCUCUACUUUGUACAGAAGACCUGACAGUGAAGAAGUGCGUCCACCCAAUGUACUGAUUGUACAUUGUAUUGUAUUGUACCAAUGUACAAAGCCUGACCAGCUGAAUUAUUCCAGCAGUUUGCUUCUAUUAAAAAUGUUCAGGUUGACUUUUUUUCUCUAGUUGUGGGUCUCCAGUGCUAAUCCCCAACAUGUGAGGUCCCAAACCUCUGACCCAAACAUUGUGCAAAGUAUUUAUUUAUCAGUUGUAUAGAGCUGUGUGUUGUAACCCUGUUCUGCGUUUCACUGCCUCUGUUCAUGUUGCAGUGCUCCUGUCUGUGAAGGUCUUGCUUCUGUCUGUGGAGGUCUCCCUCCUCUGCCUUCGGAGGGGAAUAUUUCCUCGGUAUACAAUAAAGUUGCAUCUGUGAA